GACCAGAGUCUGCUGGGAUUUCAUCACACACAUGCACUUGGAGUUCACCUUCAAACCUGGACCUUAAUUCAUUUACUCGCUGACAUGUUUCGAGGGUGGUCUCUUGCCCUGCAUCUCGCCCUGCUGUGCUGUCUGGCUGCUGCCCUGCAGGUUAUAGAAGAGCGAGGCCCAGGAGGUCACCUGGACCUGACGGAGUUAAUCGGCGUCCCCCUCCCCCCCUCUGUCUCCUUCACUCCUGGCUAUGAGGGUUUUCCUGCCUACAACUUCGGGCCCGAAGCCAACAUCGGCCGGCUCACCAAAACCUUCGUGCCAGGGUCAUUCUACAGGGACUUUGCCAUCAUUGUCACGGUGCGUCCAGACACUCAGAGAGGAGGCGUGCUCUUUGCCAUCACAGAUGCCCGUCAGAAGGUGGUGGAGCUGGGUUUGGCCCUCACUCCGGUGCGUGGGGGCCUCCAAAGCAUCUUACUGUACUACACUGACAAUGAGCAAGCUACCCACAGCCACAAAGCUGCUGCCUUCAGUGUCCCAGAUAUGACCAACCAAUGGACGCGAUUCACGUUGGUGGUGGAGCAUGAAGAGGUGCGUCUCUACAUGGACUGUGGAGAGGCCGAGAGGACCACCUUCCAUCGGAGGCCAGAAAGACUCACCUUCUCGCACAAUUCAGGCAUUUUUGUAUCGAAUGCGGGAAGCACGGGGCUGGACAAGUUCGUGGGAUCCAUUCAGCAGCUGGUGAUAAAAGAUGAUCCCAGAGCAGCUGAGGAGCAGUGUGAAGACGAUGAUCCUUAUGCCUCGGGAUACACCAGUGGAGACGAUGCUCUGGACGACAGAGAGACAGAGGAGGAAAUGAUGAAGAGCACACAGGAGAGACAACAUGGCACAGCACAGGAGGACAGUGUUCCAGUCAGAGCUCCACCCACUGAGGCUCCGGAGGUGGAGCUUGAUGAGUACUCCGGUCACCAGACCCCAACAGAGGCCAGUGAGGAAAUGCUGAUAAGAGGGCCACACCGGACAGAGGAGGCCGGGGAGAGGUCAGGAGAGGCUCAUGUCAGGCAUGGGUUAAAAGGAGAACGUGGAGAUCCUGGACCCAGAGGCCCACCUGGCCCACCAGGGCCUACUUAUCGACCCGGGCAAGCUCAGCCUGGACCAAGAGGGCCACAAGGACCGCCAGGAAUCCCUGGAUCCACAGGACUGCCAGGGAGAGAUGGACAGAAGGGAAGCAAGGGUGAUAAAGGGGAUCCAGGUCAGAGAGGAUCUCAGGGAUUUCCAGGUUUGGAUGGAGAAGCUGGAGUUAAAGGAGAGAAGGGAGAUCCAGGAGUUGGUUUACCAGGCCCUCCCGGCCUCCCUGGGCCUCCUGGGCCCCCCAGAUCCCGCAGUGUACCUUAUGGAGCAGAUGCCCUGGGUUCUGGGUUUGAAGACCUGGAGAGCGACACUGAACUCAUCAGGGGUCCUCCUGGUGUGCCAGGGCCUCCAGGACCUCCUGGUCCCCCAGGACCCAUCCUGUCAUCAUCUGCUGCAGGUGAAGGCCUCUCUCCAGGGCACCCUGGAACACCCGGUACCCCUGGCAGAGACGGGCCACCAGGCAAACCUGGAAUACCCGGUCCACCGGGAAAAGAUGGGGUUCCAGGUCUACCGGGAGCUGUGGGAAUGAAGGGUACCCAAGGGUUACCUGGACCAUCUGGACCAAAGGGUGAAUGUGGGACUGUGGGUAUUGCAGGGUCCCCGGGGCCAUCAGGGCCUACUGGUCCACAAGGGAAGAGAGGCCCAGCAGGUCCCCCAGGACCCCCUGGCCCCCCAGGACCUCCAGGAACCAAAUUCUUUGUAGAGGACAUGGAGGGGUCUGGGAAGAGUGACAUGCUCAUUGGAGCUGGAGUCAGAGGUCCACAGGGUCCCCCUGGCAAACCUGGCCCCCAGGGACCUAAGGGUGAGGAUGGAGCCACAGGUGCUCCAGGGCUCUCUGUCAAGGGCGAGCCAGGGGAGCCAGGACCAGAGGGUCUUCAGGGUCCUGCUGGACUACCAGGUGCAAGGGGGGCCAAAGGAGAAAAGGGCAGUCCAGGACCCAAGGGCGAUCGAGGCGUUGAUGGGCUCAGUAUCCCAGGACCACCUGGGCCUCCUGGACCUCCUGGAUCUAUGAUUAGUCUGCAGGAUCUGCUGCUCAAUGCUACAGAUGGUGUCUUCAACUUCACAGAGAUCAGAGGACCACCAGGACCAGUGGGCCCCAGGGGACCAAAGGGGGAUGUAGGCCCUCCAGGUAGUCAGGGACCACUAGGGAUCAAGGGAGAGAAGGGAGAGCCGGGGGUGACCAUUGCUGCAGAUGGAUCCAUCUUAUCAGCGCCAAGAGGCCCCCAGGGGCCCAAAGGCAUCAAGGGGGACCGUGGGUUCCCUGGACCUGCCGGACUCAUGGGCCCAAUAGGACCACCUGGACAAAAAGGAGAAUAUGGCUUCCCUGGUCGCUCAGGACGGCCCGGUUUGCCCGGAAGGAAAGGUGACAGGGGAGACUCUGUCGGCCUCCCGGGACCUCCAGGUCCUCCGGGCCAACCUGGACCUCCAGGAAGAAUUCUUGGGCUGAACGGAACAGUGUUUCCAGUGCGCCCCAGACCGCACUGCAAGAAGGGACGAGAGUCAGUGAAAGGAGACAAAGGAGAAGUGGGACAACCUGGAGAGCCAGGAACCCCUGCUCCCGGGCUUCCAGAUGGAAUUGUGGGUGCCAGAGGUGAUCAGGGAUACCAAGGUCAGAAGGGAGAGAAGGGUGACAGCGGUGUGCCUGGUCCUCCAGGACUGCCUGGGAGGUCAGGACUUGUGGGCCCAAAAGGGGAGUCCAUCGUUGGUCCUCCAGGACCUGCUGGUUCUCCGGGUCAGCCUGGGGCCACUGGGUUUGGACGACCUGGUCCCCGAGGGCCGCCAGGGCCUGCUGGACCCCCAGGGCCUGCACCUGCAUAUGGGUCAACUGUCAGCAUCCCCGGACCUCCUGGCCCCCCCGGCCCACCAGGGUCUCCAGGAUAUGCCAACCCGGUGACCACCUACAAGACGAUCCACGCUCUGAACAGAGAGACCCACCGGGCUGCAGAGGGAACACUGGUCUACGUGUCUGAGAAGGGAGGCGAGCUGUACAUCAGAGCACGCAACGGGUGGCGCAAGAUCCAGCUUGGAGAGUUGAUCCAGAAUGGGCCGUCCUCACCAGCAGCAUCUCAGGCCCUCAGCAGAUCUGGAGAAUGGGGCAGACCACACAGGGCCCACAGCCAGGAGCUUCAGGAGGGCAGCAGAGGAUACCAGCCCAGCUAUAAUGUUCUACCACAGACCUUCAACGCUGUACCUGGGCUCCACCUGGUCGCGCUGAACACCCCGCUGAAAGGGGACAUGCGAGGCAUCCGGGGGGCAGACUUCCAGUGCUACCAGCAGGCACGCUCCAUGGGGCUAACAGCCACCUACAGGGCCUUCCUGUCCUCGCACCUCCAGGACCUGGCCACCAUCGUGAGGAAGGCGGACCGCACUGACAUGCCCGUGGUUAAUCUGAGGGGUGAAGUGUUGUUCAGUAGCUGGAUGUCCAUCUUCUCUGGGAAUGGAGGCACGUUUAACCCGUCCACACCCAUCUACUCAUUUGACGGACGCAAUGUGAUGACUGACUCAGCAUGGCCAGAGAAGUUGGUAUGGCACGGCUCCAGCGCGGUGGGCAUCCGUCUGACCACUAACUACUGCGAGGCGUGGAGGACAGCUGACAUGGCGGUGACGGGCCAGGCCGCGCUGCUGCAGACGGGACGACUGUUAGGACAACACACCCGCUCCUGCUCCAACCACUACAUCGUGCUGUGCAUAGAGAACACAUAUGUGGGGAACACACAUCAAAGGAGAACCUGAAGAGGACAGGAGGGGAAACACACACACACACACACACACACUAACACAUGCAGGCAUGCUGAAGGUGCAGAGUAGAAAAAGCGACACAGCGCACAUACAUUUUCAUUUAAAUGGGAGACACAUGCAGGCACAUACACACAUUACGAUGACAUAUCAGUGCAUGGAAUUUACAUCGGCGUACACAGACAAAAGGCACUUGCGUUCAUACAUGCAGGUGAAACACACACACGUUAACAUGCAGCAGGUGCCAACACGACACACGAGCAACAUGCACGCACAUUUCAGUUCUUUUCACUUUGUUAAGCUUCAUCUUUAGUGCCAAUGUGUAACCCGACACUUCAUAAUGUUGCCACGCAUCUGUCCCAGUCUAGAUUUAAGUUAUUUAUAUUCACUAUGAACAUGUAACAGCAUUGGGAUUUACAGUGUGUGUUGUGGAAAGAGAGAUAUCAGCAGAGGUGAAUAACUUAACAGACCAUACCAGUGUUUUAUCACCACAACUACAAAUCCUUUAUACUUUACAUUUCUGCUCAUCGUUUUCAAACAUGUGUAUCUGGAGUAUUUCUCCUGCAGUUCCAUGCAGCCGUUGGUUCCCAUCGGUUUCCCAACAGAACAAAAAUGAGCUACCAGACUCUUGGUGGUCCAUCACUGUGAACAUCAACACCUCACAACAACAACAUCCCUACAAGAGUAACGUCGACUUGAUGUUCACUGUGAUGGAUUACACGACUUGAACAAAGAGAUGGAGACCACCGGCUGUCGAGAACAGGAAGAAAUACAUGAAAUGUUCUUUAAUACAACACCAAGAUUUGCAAAAUGGUCCGCUGUGAUGUAAAGUACACAGUGUGAUUUAAGAUUUCUGGGCUAAAACUUGUCAAACCAUCAGCAUAAAUCUGUGUUCGAUUUCCUUUGCAGGGAAAAAGGUAUUGUAGUAUUUAUUAAUACUAUUAUUCAUUUCUUGACAUCUUUUUUAUGUUAAUGGAAUUGAAUUUGGUGUAAACAUGGUCCUUAUUUCAGUCUCCUUUCUAAACAUGACAGUGUUAGUUUAGUGUUGCCUAUCAAAGCUAGCUGGUUUUGGAGAGUGGUGAAGAGAGAGGCUGUACUUACACUGCAGGUUGUGCAAGAAAUAAAUCAUUUCGAGGCGUUUAGGAUGAGGGUUUCCCUCUAAAGGGCAGCAUUGUAUAUUUCUGUUCUUGUCAACGAACCCCGUGAAAACACCAAAACUGUGUUGGUCCGUCCCUCGAUACUUUCCUACACUAUCUGUGGUUCUCAGCCAGAACACCACUGGUUGCUAAAGAAGGCGUAAAUCUUUCAAAACAGAUCAGAAGUGUUAAGUGUUGAAAGCCUCAGUAAAAGGUUAUCACUGUAGUUAUAAUCAAAUGUUACUCACACAGGAGGAAAUAGAGUGCAUUUGUUGGGAACUAUUUUCAGCUGCGGAUUAAUACACAUUUGGUGCUCUACUGAGUAUUUACAGCAGCAGGACAGUGUAUGAGGGAUCGGGUGAAAAUAACCUACAGUGUGUGUGUUCAUGGAAUGAAGAAACAUGUCACCCAGUCCAACAGCGCGGCUCACUGAUGUGCUUUUAAUUGCUGUUGGACAACAGUGGAACUCUAUGGUACAGAGGAUGGAGAUACACCAGGCUUUGGAUACACACACAAUACUUGUUAGUAGCAUACGUUCACUGUUGGUUUGGGUCUUUACAUGGGAUUUGUUGACAUGAAGAAAGAAUAUAGGUUAUUACCAGACUUACAUUUUAAGUGUGAGCACAAUGUGAAAUAGGAGGAAAACAUUUGGUUUACUGCACACGUGUAAUGAGACAUUUCUUGUGUCAGACUUUUUAUUUGAGUGACUGCUACCCUCUAAUGUUGGACACCAGUGUCCGUCUUUUUCUGUCAUAUCUCAGAUGUAAAUACAGUUUAUGUAAGUGACUUCCUCCAAGCAAAGUCAACAAAUCACAGCAUCGUCUAUCCAUGUUUUUCAGGCCACUGAAAAGCCAAAAACUGGCUGGAAUUUACCAAAAGAAAGAAAAAAAAAAACAUUUUACCACUAUGAUCUCUCUAAUGGUUCAAUCUACAGACAUUAAACAAAAAUGAAAGAGAUUGGUCAUGCAGACGAACCCCCUGCUGAAAACAUGUUGACUCACCAACUUCGCUCACCUUGUGUUGCAUCUAUUUAUCAGUUGAAUUAUUAAUUGGCAUCCCAUAAUCCAGUAUUAAAUAUUGACGUUCCAAAUCAGGAUAAUAGAUCAAUUAUUUCUUUGCUUUGGUCCUGCUGCUUGCAGUAAAGUGAUUUGAACUAGUCUCAACAUUAACAUCAGUGCUUUAGCAUUAGCUUUAGAGUUGAAAUCAGCGAGUGAUUUUCAUGUAUUUAUACAGUAGCAGGACUUAGUGUGAAAAUCUAGCGAGUUCACUUUCAGAUUUUGGUGAAAUUGGAACCUGUACAUAUAUAUGUGUGUUGUUAUUGUCCAAAUGUUUUGUUUUUUUUACUCAGUAGAGGCAGAUUCUGUGUGGUGCACACUAAAUGACUGAAGAUUUUCCCUCACCGGUGAGACGUAGGCCUGGCUGAAAGGCACACAAAGUUUGAAAUGUUUUCUUUUUCAAAGUUACUUUCCCUGAUGUCUGAUUCUGUUACUGUUUCAACAAAACUUGAGCCUUGGAGGAAAAAGGAGGAUUGUACUGACUGACUGG